AUGGGCAUUGGUGGAACCUCUACAGCGAAAGAUAUGGUUCAGCUAAGUCUGGAGCCCGGAAAGGACUACUCAGCCGCCAAGACCCUCUUCAUCUCCGACUCUGAUAAGCGGAAGCACUUUAUGCUAACAGUCAAGAUGUUCUACUCCAAUGGAAAGGACCUCGGUCAAUUCAAUUCUCGGCGUAUCAAGGUCAUAUCAAAGCCCAGCAAGAAAAAGCAGUCAUUAAAGAAUACUGAUCAGCGCUAUACGGAAAAUAAGUUUGAUUUUAACUUUCUCUUCACAUAUCCAACAACUCAUUUUGUGCCUCAUAAUUUAGUAUGCAUCGCCUCAGGCACAAAGAUCGCACUGUUCAACCGGCUUCGAUCGCAGACCGUGAGCACACGCUACCUUCACGUUGAUGCGGGUAGUUUUCACGCCAGUUCCAGCCGAUGGGGUGCUUUCACAAUCCACCUCCUCUCCGACGAUGAGUCGGAGGCGGAAGAGUUCAACGUGCGCGAUGGCUACAUCCACUACGGGCACACUGUAAAGCUCGUCUGCUCCGAAACUGGCAUGGCUCUACCCCGCCUGAUUGUUCGAAAGGUGGACAAGACGGUGGUGAUGCUGGAUGCGGAUGAUCCAGUGAGCCAACUGCACAAGUGUGCCUUUUAUCUGAAGGACACGGACCGGAUGUAUCUCUGUCUGUCGCAGGACAGGAUCAUUCAGCAUCAAGCGGUGCGCUGCGACGACAACCCUCAUCGGGAGACGAUCAAUGACUCCGCCGCCUGGACCAUCAUUAGCACCGACCGGGCAGAGUAUCGGUGGUUUGAGCUCUCCAGUCUGCGUGACGACCCCAGUGUCUCCAAAACACUGGCCGCGCAGAUCCCGCCACCCUCCAACCAUCCCGUUACCCCUGUCCCCAUCGUCACCAGCAUCCGCACCAAUGGCGGUGGUGACGUUGCCAUGGUCGAGGUUUCUGGCGAGAACUUUAGUGCCAACCAUCAGGUUUGGUUUGGCGAUGUACCCGCACAGACGUUCUAUAGGUGCCAGGAGCUUCUCCUUUGUCUGGUUCCCGAUAUCUCCGAAUUCCAUCCUGAAUGGACCUACAUACAAUAUGAACUCGAGGUUCCAAUAAGCAUUGCUCGAAACGAUGGUGUCAUCUAUGCCACGGGCUCUACGUUCACUUAUCAGCCAGAGCUGGGACCUCGUCAGCACUGUCAGUCGGCUCUGGAGCUGAUGCGAGCAGCGGCAUUUGCAGCGGCCGCAGCAGCAGCAGCCUCUAUGGGCCAGGUAAUGCAACCGGCUACAGCGGCGAUGGCACCGGGGCAGCACCAGCAGCAGCGGCCUUCGCUUGAAUACUCGGCAGUUGAGAGCAGCCUCGCUACAGGAGGUGUAUCCUCCUCCGCCUCCUCCUAUCCGGCUUUUUCGGAGACCCUUCCCGUGACCUCUCACAGUGGCAGUAGGCCCUACGCGACGCCGAUGGACGAGGGGUCAGCCCCCGUUGUUGCCACGCCAUCCGUCAGUGAACCCGCCCAGUAA